AUGCCAGUAAUAGGAGGGCUUUCCCGGCUGUUCAUGGACGAAGAUCACCGUCGCAAAAAGCAAGAGAGAAAGAAAGAUUGUGUUGAAAACAGUAACACAGAGAAACAAACAGACGGUGGAGGGAACAGCGCAAACGGCGACGUUUUGGUUGAAGGCUGUCCGAGUAAAACGACGUCGUCGAGUGGUUUCUCGAUGAUUCCACUUCACUAUCCGAGCUACACGGAGGAGGAGUACGAGAAGAUGGCGGAAUGGGAGGUUGACCGGCUACUGGCGUUGUACGGCCUGCCGACGGACGGCGACUUGGCGUACAAGAGGGAGUUUGCGGUGGGUGCGUUCGUCUGGCACCCUCGUCGUCAACAUGAUGGUCAACGCGAUCAAACACAGGCUUCUUCUGAUAAUAAGAAAGACUGCGACUGUAUUUCUCUUAAUUAA